GAUCUUGGAUUCUUUGGGUGUCGAUCAGCAGAUAUAUUUUAAUGCUAGUGCUCUGCUCUUCUUGAAUGCUUCAUGCCUUUUGGCCUGUUUGAUGCAUGCAAUGCGAAGUCUCCUGCCUUUGUUUUGUAUGCUUAUUUUCUUGUUUUGCGGCUUUGGUUAAUGUUGACAAUUUAUACUUUUAAAUUUUUGUUGGUUCACAAAAAUAUAUUACAAAUCCUGGAUGCAAUGUAUGCACACAGAACAUCUCGUAGAUUUUUUGGUACUUCGAGAAUACUCGAACCUGAACCCGAAUUGUUGGGUACCCGUAUUGUCGGGUUCUUCUGCUUUUAGCAAAUUUUGGGUAGCAAUCUUGAAAACCCGAAAUUCCUAAAACCCGAAUUACCCGACCCAAAAUUACCCGAAUGCCCAGGCCUUGUCUCACCUUCCUUUUUAUAUAUCAAGGGAACGAGACAGAGUAAGAGGGAGGGAUGGAGGGAGGGAGAGGGUCUUCGGGAUUCCGCCACCUUCCUCUUUCGAAUGUGGAUGACGACGGGGGCGUUCGCAUGUCACGCCCUAGCGCAGCAGGUGACGUGUGUCCCGUCGUGGUGCCCCAACGUGGCGGCGGCGCGGGCUCCCCGUUAUGGCCAGUCACCUCCACCGGUCAUAACGAGACGUGCUUGCUUCCGUUCUUAUGCCGGAAGCCUUGACCCUAAGCGCGGUCUCCCACGCCCAUGACAGUUGGGGGAGGUGUAGGACCCUAAGGGUCCCACAUUUUUGGGUCGGCAAGGCCGAGUCUGUGCCUUUGGGGUUGGGUGAUGCAGAAACUUUCCCCUUGGAUCGGAUGAGGCGGAAACCUCCCUUGAGGGUCAAGCGAGGCGGAGGCUUCCCUCCAGGUGUCGCACGAGACACCACGUGCCUCAUGCCUGGUCCCACUGGCUGGCUGUCGACGCCUUCCCCGCUAAUGGGCUGGCUGCGGCCAUGCGUUGGCUCGAUUGGGCCCAGCCACGUGGUCAAUAGAAUUAACCCUGUGGUUAGGUUUCUAAGGGUCGUAUUUUAGGGUAUCCGUAAUAUCUGACCCUGUUAGUGCCCCAUGUCGCAAGAGCACGACAUGGCGCACUUUGCUGUCGUCAAUGAACAGGAACUCAAGGUGGGGAUCCGACCUGAAUUUGGCAAGGACUGGGGCCUAAUUUCCCAUUCGGGGAUAUGUGGUGUCGCCUGAAACAAAAAUGAGGUUUCAGGGCUUCUUUACGAAGGAUUGGAAGGGAGGGAUAGUGCAUGCACACUUUUCCCGACGGGCUCUUUUAAUGGGUCAUGCUCAUCCCCCAUCAAAUCUUGCAUUGUCUGUGUCGUGCCGAAGCCACCAUACCUCCCAUUUGGCAUGACCUGUUUGGCCAACUAUAUUGAUGUUGUUGUAAAACUUACUAGAAUUGAUGUGGUUGAACAAGAUUAGGAUAGUUUGAUCCUUUUUUGAUUUGUUUGUACCUGUAGAUGUUAUACUAAUCUUUAUACAUGUUCUCUUUGUAGAUAUUUCCUGGAUGCAAUCAUUGUGAACAAUGAAUUUUGAUUUGACCUCAAAGAUGAAUGAUCAAAGCCAACCGGGCCGGUCCAAUUUUGGUCCAAGGUUGAAGUUGGCAAAUCAAUUACCUUUGAGGAAAUCAAAAGGUAGGUUUAGAUCUAAGCCUAUGUUGAAAAUUGAUAGGGAUUGCCGGAACUAUCAAGCAAAUUUGAAAUAUAUGAAUAUUUGCAAGCGCAAUCGCAAUGUGAAUGAUCAACAAGCAAACGUUGCGUAACAACUAACCAAAAGAAAUCCUCCCAAAGAUAGAGAAGUUGGGCCAUGGAAUGCUUUGGUAGCAAAGAAUUGCGAAUCAAAGCAUUCAAGGCAACCGACUACCUUAAGCCUAGAGAAUACCUUGAGUCUUUCUUGAACGGAUUUCAAGUGCUCCAAGACCUCUAGAGAUCGAAAUAGAGUUCUUUCGGAAAAAAUGAAGAUGGUGGCCCCUCCGAAGUCAAAGAAUGACUCAAACGCCACAUCAGGGUGUUUGGAGCAAUCUCAUCGUAUGGAUAAUUCAUGUCCAACUCAGUUGAAGGUGAUAGCAAGUUUAGUUCACAAAGCAAACAAUGUUGAGACGUCAAAUCUAAACAAUAGUGCCUUGGUUUCACGGUCCGAGGGCCGAUCAAAUCCUUAUCAAGGAGAAUACAUCAAUGUUGGGAUAGAUGGCACAAAAAAUCAAAUCAUGUGAAGAAGAGAAGAGUUUCAAGAAAAUCAAACAUCCCAACGGCAAGUAGGUUCUUUGUUGUUGACAACAAUGGCUCAAGCAAAGAGAAGGGAGGUCAAGAUGAAGUUAUGACCAAAGAAAAGGGAAUGAUAGGUCGUACAAGUGAAGCCAUUGCCACGUCUAGCAAUGCUCAUAAGCAGACGGGCACAACAAAGACAGAAAAUGAAGUUCCGAAUUCAAGCUCAUUGUUGGUUGGCAAGAAACACGGGCAAGGCGGUUUCGUGGAUAAUUUGGGAGAUAUUGUUGUGAACCAUUCUAGACUCCAGAGCAAUAAUGCAUCAUUCAUGGAAGGUCGCAAUUAUGCAAUAGUUUCUUCCAAACUUAUGCUUCCGAAUGAGCUUACAAAAACAAACUUGAAGUUGCCUAAUAGGAACAAACUGGUUGGAGGCAAUGGGAAGACCAAUGACAACAAGUGUAGGAUGAAACAACCCUUGUUAGAAGAAAUGCUUGAUAAAGAUGAUUGUAUUGGUAGUGAUGGAUCCGUACGACAUGAUCUAACUUGUAGGUCAAUGAAGAGGUGGAGAUGCAUUGAAGACAGUGAAGAUGAAGAAGAUAAUGGCGGUGAUCAAUGUGCCAUGGUUUUUGAACAUGACGAAGGUGUCCACCUGAAGAAUUUGACUUCAGUGUCAAUUAUGAAGCAGAGAAGAUGUACAGAAACAAAUGAAGGCAAAGUUGAUGGUGGUUAUCAGAACCCAUUUGGUGUUGAAAAUGAUUGUGAAGGAGUUCAGCGAUUGGGGACUUAUAAGUCGAAGAAGAAACGAAGAAAAUACAUUGAAACAAGCGAACAUGAAGAUGAGAUGUGUGACCAGCAUCGAGUGUGUGUUGAAGAUGGUACCAAUGAGUUGACACAAGCUGCUAUUUCAAUGCAUUGUGUCCGGCAAUGCCAUUGUUGCCCAAAGCCUAUUGACAAACCUAGAUGGAGUGGAAUCUUUAAGAUAGAUGGUAAGGAAUACGUAUCAUUGGCUGGACAUUUCUCAACCAAAUCAUGCGAGAAAGUGUGGAAAUUGUCAUUGCCGCAGGUGGUUCAAGUGACAAAGGUUCCUAGAUUGGCAGCAUGGCCCAAGAUAUGGAAGGCAUCAAAACCCACUGGUGACAGCAUUGGAUUGUAUUUCUUCCCUCAUGAAAUGAGGCAUGAUGAAGAACUAGAUCAACUAGUUAAGGAAGUCAUUAAUAAAGAUUUGGUCUUGCGAGCUGUUAUUGAUGAAGCCGAGAUGCUGAUAUUCCCAUCUGUUCUACUGCCUGAACGACAUCAGACAUUCCGAACAAAACACUACCUAUGGGCGGCAUUCAAGGCAAAGGAGGAUAAAGGUGCUGUAACUGUAGAACAGGAAGAAGAUAAGGAAAAACAUGUUUCAAGCCAGCUAGCUGAGGUACAAUCUGAAGAGUCAGAUCAAGAAACGAUUUCGAUGAAAUGUGACAAACCUUUGGUGAACCAGCAGUUGCCUGCUAAUAGCAUUCAAGAAGUUGAAACUUGCUGCAUUCAAGGGCCAACCAACAUGCACCUUGAACGUGUAGCUCCUGAAGAAAAGAGACUGAUGAGAGAAUUAUCUUAUGAUGUCAGCACCAGUGCAACUACUGCUGUUGCUACUGAUGCCACGACAGUUGCUAAUGCUGAUACCUUUCCCUCUGAAGCUACUUCGUUUGCUACUAAUACAACUCCCGUUCCUGCAAAUUAUCGACCCAUCAGUCCAAGCAUGGAAGCUCUCCCGUGCAGCAGCAGUGUCUUCGGUAUUGUUGUCCGUCAAACUCCGGAUCUUGAGCUGAAAGUCCAGCAAUUUAUCCAGGAUAUGGAACGUGAAGGUUUACUGGUAGCUGUUAUGCAGGAGGAGGCAAUUGGUCCCGGCUAGUGGCCAAGCAAUAUCACAACCGCCAUACCGUAGCUGUAGGGAGUAGAGAGCACGCCAUGAUCAAGCUGCUCACUGGUGAUAGCAGACCAGCCAAGGUCCAGCAUGAGCAGACAAGGUGACUCUGCAUGGAUCGGUGAAGCAGCUUGCAAAUGUGCUUGGGCUUUCUGGGGUGGAGGUAGUCAGUCAGGUAGUGUUCUUGGAUACUAGCUUUUUUCAGUUUAUGUAAGGUGUAUACUUAAAUGACACCACCUGUUUGUAAGGUUCAGAUGCUUGUAGCGGAGAGUGCUGUUAGUCUAGUCUAAUGCAUGUUUGGUCGUGCAAAUAAUUUCUCAAGUAAGACAUACCUGGGCUGGGCACCUGUUUUCUGAAUGCUUGCCGUUUCCUUUAAAGAGAAUCGGAGUUGUGUCAAACUCAUGGUGAUUUCCUUCAAUUG